CGGGUGACUCAGACUCAGACUGUCCAAGAGCGCCGCGUCUACACUGGGCGGCCCUACUUACGCAGGAGAGGCUAAGUCAGAACUCCGGGACGGUCGUAUACCCGAGCUCAGAACCCUACCGGGCACCUGUCUCCGAGAGGAGGCUCAGCUGCCCGACUUCUGCAAAUCCUCUUCCCUUCCCCGUGUUCAGGUCCUUAAUCUUCAGGGACCCCCUGCCCCCAGGGCGCUGCCACCCUGCCUGCCAUGGAUACCCCGUCGCAGCGGCGUGCCACCCGGAGCGGGGCACCGGCGGGCUCCACCCCGCUGUCCCCGACUCGGAUCACGCGGCUGCAGGAGAAGGAGGACUUGCAGGAGCUGAACGACCGGCUGGCUGUCUACAUCGAUCGGGUCCGCUCGCUGGAGACGGAGAACGCGGGCCUGCGCCUUCGGAUCACCGAGUCUGAGGAGGUGGUGAGCCGGGAGGUGUCCGGCAUCAAGGCCGCCUACGAGGCCGAGCUCGGGGAUGCUCGCAAGACCCUCGACUCGGUAGCCAAGGAGCGAGCCCGCCUGCAGCUGGAGCUGAGCAUACGGGAGGAGUUUAAGGAGCUCAAAGCCCGCAAUGCCAAAAAGGAGGGGGAUCUGCUGUCGGCUCAGGCCCGGCUCAAGGACCUGGAGGCACUGCUUAACUCCAAGGAGGCAGCUCUGAGCACAGCCUUGAGUGAGAAGCGCACCCUGGAUGGAGAGGUGCAUGAACUCCGGGGUCAGGUGGCCAAGCUAGAGGCAGCUCUGAGCGAGGCCAAGAAGCAACUUCAGGAUGAGAUGCUGAGGAGAGUGGAUGCUGAGAACAGACUGCAGACACUGAAGGAGGAGCUGGACUUCCAGAAGAACAUCUAUAGCGAGGAGCUUCGUGAAACCAAACGUCGCCAUGAGACUCGCUUGGUGGAGAUUGACAGUGGGAAGCAGCGGGAGUUUGAGAACAAGCUAGCGGAUGCCCUGCAGGAUCUUCGGGCUCAACAUGAGGAUCAAGUGGAACAAUACAAGAAGGAGCUGGAGAAGACCUACUCUGCCAAGCUGGACAACGCUAGGCAGUCUGCUGAGAGGAACAGCAACUUGGUAGGGGCUGCCCAUGAGGAGCUGCAGCAGUCACGCAUCCGCAUUGAUAGCCUUUCUGCCCAGCUCAGCCAGCUCCAGAAGCAGCUGUCGGCCAAGGAGGCAAAGCUGCGGGAUCUGGAGGACGCUUUGGCCCGGGAGCGGGAUACAAGCCGGCGGCUGAUGGCUGAGAAGGAGAGGGAGAUGGCAGAGAUGCGGGCAAGGAUGCAGCAACAGCUGGACGAGUACCAGGAGCUGCUGGAUAUCAAACUGGCCCUGGACAUGGAAAUCCACGCCUACCGCAAACUCCUGGAAGGAGAGGAGGAGAGGCUGAGGCUGUCCCCCAGCCCCACAUCUCAGCGAAGCAGGGGCCGGACCUCAUCGCACUCAUCCCACACCCAGAGUGGGGGUAGCGCCACCAAGAAGCGGAAGCUGGAGAGUGGUGAGAGCCGGAGCAGCUUCUCCCAGCAUGCCCGCACCAGCGGUCGAGUGGCCGUGGAGGAGGUGGAUGAAGAGGGCAAGUUUGUGCGACUGCGCAACAAGUCCAAUGAGGACCAAUCCAUGGGCAACUGGCAGAUCAAGCGCCAGAAUGGAGAUGAGCCCUUGCUGAGUUAUCGCUUUCCCCCCAAAUUCACUCUCAAGGCUGGGCAGGUGGUGACGAUCUGGGCCUCCGGGGCAGGAGCCACCCAUAGUCCUCCCACUGACAUGGUAUGGAAAGCUCAGAGUUCUUGGGGUUGUGGAAACAGCCUGCGCACAGCACUUAUCAGUGCCACUGGAGAGGAGGUGGCCAUGCGUAAGCUGGUACGCACGGUGACUGUCAAUGAUGAUGAUGAGGACGAGGAUGGAGAGGUCCUGCUCCAUCACCACCACGGUGCCCACUGCAGCGGCUCGGGGGAUCCGGCCGAGUACAACCUUCGUUCUCGCACGGUGUUGUGUGGGACCUGUGGGCAGCCAGCUGACAAGUCCGGGAGCGGUGCCGGGGCCGGGGCUGGUGGCUCUGUCUCCUCUGCCUCCUCAGCCUCCAGUGUCACUGUUACUCGAAGCUACCGAAGUGUUGGAGGCACUGGGGGCAGUGGCUUUGGGGACAACCUGGUUACCCGAUCCUUCCUCCUAGGGAACUCACGCCCUAGAACCCAGACUCCCCAGAACUGCAGCAUCAUGUAACCCGGAAUCUGGUGAGGGGAGAACCCAGCAGCCCUGUCUGCUCCCUCUUCCCACUUCAUGCCAAUUUUCUCCCCCUCCUCUUUUCCUGGAGGGAGAGUCUGAAGCCAAAAAAAAAAAAAAACCCAAACAAAACAAAAACCAACCCCCCAACCCUUCUAUGGUUUUGUUCUCCUCCCUGCUCCCCCUUCCCGUGUUUUGUGUUUUUUUUCUAAGAGAAGUUAUUUUCUACAGUGGUUUUAUACUGAAAGAAAAACACAAGCGCCAAAAAAAAAACCCAAAAACAACAAAAAACUACAAACAAACAAACAAAAAAAGAAACAAAACGAAAAACAAAAGGGAAAAAAAAAAGUCUCCUCUUUCCAGAUAAUGGUCUUUCCCCCUCUUCCUUUGCCCCUUCCUCCAAACCCCAAACCCUAUAUUUUAAGCCAAAGAGGGUUUCCUGUAGGGGCCAAGGGGGGAGAGGUGCUUUUAGGGAGUCCAGUUUUUGCUUUCUGAUGCUGCCUGCUUCUGUUUCCAAUAUCCUCCUCCCCUCAUAUAACCAGGAACCCUCUUGAAUGGUGCCUCAUCUGCAGGUGGAAGAAGUCACCUGCCCAGCCGCUUUCUGUCCUAUGAGGAACAAGGGUCUUUUCCUUGCUCUCCCAGGGGGUGGCCAACAUACUGGGAGAAAAGGCGCUUGGGCCAUUCCCCUCGUUGAGGCUUCUCUGGUCCUUUGGGGGUCGCUCCUGCUGCCUCCUUUCUGCUCAGCCCCCAGCUACAGUGCCUUUACCUGCAUUUUAUUUAGACAAGGGAUGGGAAUGAGGGGAGAGGGGAAUUGAGGGGAGGUGCUGAGUUUGAGUCUCUGCUCUCCACCUGCUUUUAUGGUUGGUGGGCUCCAUUAUGUCACUGAAGGUUGACGAAGGGAGAGGAAGAGAGUGGGGGCAGAGCUGGGAAGAUAACCUACCUGGAUCCCAGCCCCCGAAAAGAAAAGGGAGUGUGUGGAGGUAGGGUGGGGUGGAGGAGUAGGCUUUUCAGGUGGCUUUUGGCAAACACUAAGGAGCCCCUUGCCCCAAUCCCACAAACCCAUCUGCUUUCCCCUACCCUAUUUCUCCUUCCCCCCAACCCCAACAAAUUAAUACACUAGACUUUUAUGUC